CUCGCUGCUCUCUACUUAAUAACAUUUGGCUGCUUAUGAGACAUCUGACCCGAGGACGAAAGGCUUCCCUCCAGCGCAGCAGAGUUUCACCUGGAGCAGGCGGCAGCUGCCACCAUGGCAGCAGCAACGGGCUCUGCUGCUGCAAGAACUGCCAAGUCCUGCAAAAAGUAUCGAACGAUGAAGCGUCAUGCUGGCAUCUACACCUACCAGGAGCCACCGCACAGCAACUCGGAUGAUGAUAUCAGUGGAGAAAAGGCUGAGAGCCAUGACCCAGAGCAGAUCUUUCAGAACAUCCAGCACCAGAAGGAGAUUAUGUCCAACAUCCGCUGCCGACCGUGGCCAAUGAGGCAGAAGCUGCGGGUGCUCAGGCAGGCGAAGGAGAUCGUGCUGAAGUAUGAAGGGAGGCUCACGAGAACAAGAGGUUACCAAGCCGCUGGUGCAGAGCUUUGGAGGAAGUUUAUUCGACUGGCAUAUAAUUUUGUGGUACUCUUUAUUCCUUGGGAAAUGAGAAUAAAGAAAAUUGAGAGUCAUUUUGGGUCUGGAGUUGCCUCUUACUUCAUCUUCUUGAGAUGGCUAUUUGGAAUCAAUAUCGUCCUUACCAUAAUGACAGGAGCGUUUGUAGUCCUACCAGAGCUACUGGCCGGAGCACCGUUCGGCAGCACAGACAGCAAGACCAUUCCCAAGGAGCGUAUUGGAUCCGCUCAAGACCUGGACACCAUCUGGUCACUAGGGGGCUACCUCCAAUACUCUGUUCUGUUUUAUGGCUACUAUGGGAGCAACAGGAAGAUUGGGAAAGCUGGAUACCGGCUGCCUCUUGCCUACUUCCUUGUCGGAAUGGCAGUGUUUGCUUACAGCUUCAUCAUUCUCUUAAAAAAAAUGGCGAAGAACUCAAGAAUGAGUUUAGCAAGUGCCUCUGAUGAAAAUUACACUUUCUGUUGGAGACUGUUCUGUGCUUGGGACUAUUUAAUAGGAAACCCGGAGGCUGCGGAGAGCAAAGCUGCUGCCAUAGUUAACAGCAUCAGAGAAGCUAUACUGGAGGAGCAGGAAAAGAAGAAAAGCAAAAACUUAGCAGUGACUAUCAGUUUAAGAAUUAUUGCAAACAUCCUUGUGCUUCUCUCACUUGCCGGAAGUAUUUACAUCAUAUACUUUGUCGUGGAUCGAUCCCAAAAGUUAGAGCGCACCAAGAAGGAAUUGACUCUUUGGGAAAAAAAUGAGGUAAGCGUCGUUGUGUCACUGAUUACAAUGAUUGCACCCUCUGCUUUUGAACUUGUGGCAGCUCUGGAGAUGUAUCACCCAAGGACCACUCUUCGCUUCCAGCUUGCCAGGGUUCUUGUUCUGUAUCUGGGAAACCUCUACAGUUUAAUCAUUGCUCUCCUGGAUAAAGUGAACAGCAUGAGUGUCGCUGACUCUAAUGUUAACAACAAUGUGAGCAAUUCUACCAACUUCUUAGCAAACAAAACCCUUUCUAAAGAAGACAAUUUAUCUACAACCAUUCCUGAUGUACAAUUUAAGAGAAACAGCAUUGUCACACCAGAAGAUAGUCGUAAUCAAGGCUCAACAGUCUCUGACUCGCUGGUUAACAAAACAGCUUCUUCUAACACCCAGAACUCACAGGAUCAGUGCUGGGAGACGUAUGUUGGUCAAGAGAUGCUAAAGCUUUCAAUUAUCGACAUGAUUUUCACGGUCGCAAGCAUCCUGCUAAUUGAUUUCUUCCGUGGACUGUGUGUCCGAUAUUUAAGUGAUUGCUGGUGCUGGGAUCUAGAAAGCAAGUUCCCCGAAUAUGGAGAAUUCAAAAUCGCAGAGAACGUACUGCAUUUGGUGUACAACCAAGGAAUGAUCUGGAUGGGAGCUUUCUUUUCACCUUGUUUACCAGCAUUCAAUGUCCUAAAGUUGAUUGGACUCAUGUACCUGAGGAGCUGGGCUGUGUUAACAUGCAAUGUACCACAUCAGCAGGUUUUCAGAGCAUCUCGAUCAAAUAAUUUCUACUUGGCCAUGUUGCUGUUCAUGCUAUUCUUAUGCAUGUUGCCAACAAUCUUUGCUAUUGCCAGAUACAAACCAUCGUUAAGCUGUGGUCCUUUCAGUGGACAAGAAAAAAUAUAUGAUAUUGUGUCUGAAACAAUUAAAAACGAUUUUCCCGCAUGGUUCAACACAGUCAUUGCUUACAUCAGCAGUCCUGUGGUGGUCCUCCCCGCACUACUACUUUUAUUCAUGCUAAUCUAUUACCUACAAAGUAUUGCAAGAUCAUUAAAAUUCACCAACAAUCAACUGAGAAUGAAGAUCCAAACAGAAAGAACUGAAGAUAAGAAGAAAGUCAUUCAGAUGGCAGUAGCCAGAAUCCAAAAUCUAGAUGGGAAUGACAAGAAACCAGAGCACGAAGGUGAUAUGAUCAGCCAGGAGUCUUCUGUUCGGUCCUCAACUCCCCGAAAGAAUGGCAGUGUAUUGAACUUUGAAUCUCCUGUGAGCAAAGGCACCAGAAUACAAACUAUUUCCCAGUCUGUGCCUCAAACUGUGCCCUCAACUGAUGUUGCAAGACCUGUCAACGCAACUCCCACAACUCCAACCUCCUUAACGCCAGCUCUCUCAGUAUCAAAUGUUCAGAAACCAAGAAAUGAUCGUAUCACAAACAGGUACCCAAGCGUUGUGCAUGGGAGUGCAAGCGAGCUCUGUAAAACAAAGCCCUACACACCAGUGACUUUCAAAAAGCACUCUGAAGAUGUUCAUUCUGAGCCUCUCUUCAGAAAAGGCAUUCGGCAGGUAAAUCUGGAUGCCCUUGGGGCAGAGGCUCCUGUUUUUGUGGGACGUAGACCAUAUGCUACCAGGUAUAUUGUUGUUAAUGAAAACGAGCCCCGCAAGAAAUCACUCCGUUCUACCCCACGACUCCAAAGACACUUCAGAAAGGAUGACUCAGGAGACGUUAUUGAGUUGUACCCACGCAAUAUCAGAAGAUAUGUGGUUCGAACACCACAUCAGAUGUAUUCCCCUCACCCCAGUGAAGAUGAGGAAGAUGAAGAGGAACUUGGGAGAGAAUUCAUAAACAGAUCUCAUCGCCCUCGCUCACUGUCUGAUCUUCGCCCAGCACCACGAUUUUACAUUGGGGAACGUGCUGGUGGCCACAUUCUUAUGAGCAAGGAUCUAGCCAGAGUACAUUACAAAUCCUGGGAUGAUGGUUUUGAGCUAGACCUGGACAGGCCUCCAUAUGCUUACAGGAAAGUGCACCUGAACUAUCCCGAGUCACGCGUGAAACCAAAAUCAAAGCAAAAGCUGGAACAAUCUCUAACAGAAUCUGAUUCCAUUUCCAUUGAAUCCAGCAGUGAUCCGCAGAACAGCAGCAAUGACCAGUAUAUCCAGGUCAUUCACAGCAAGGAAAAGUAUCCAAAAUCUGGGACAAAACUCACCAAAAAGAAAUCAAAAAACAGUGUUGAUCUAAAUAUGUCUGAGCCUAAUGAACUGGUGUGCUCAAAUGUCUGAGAAACUGCGCCAACUUUUUGUGUUCUGAAUAGGUGUACAUGCACUUGUUGUACUUGCUGUUUGAGGCCUAUUGGAAUAACCACAACACACUCUUUGCAACAAAUAGUAUAUGCAGCCAUUUGAGGUGGGAAAAAGCAUAGUUAGCCUUGUGUUUUACUGUUAACUGUACCUUGCUUUAACAUCACAACUGAUAUGUUGCAAAUUUUGGAAAAGAAAAUUAUUCCAAUUUAUUACUUUGUUGUGGCGUUAAAAAACAAAGCCCCUAUAUAUGGAAAAAUCAGAAGUUAUGUACUUGGGGCGCUUUAAUUUAAACUGGUACAAAAAUAUGUCAGAUGAGGCUCUCUUGUCUCUCUGACACAGCCACAGCUAAGGAUGCUUCCAUUGAAUAAAUUCAGCAGGUAAUCAGCUUCCUACAGAUAGAGUUGCUAUCUAUAGUAUAAUUUAUGACAUCUCAGUGUACCGAGUCUGAAUAUUCUCUGGCUCAAAUAAACCUUUAAUC